GCGGUGUUUACGGUUGAUGGCCACGAGGUGGAGAGUGCUGGGGAAGGUUGCAGAGUGUCACAGCCGCUGCCAUGCCGGCCAGUCCCGCCGUGGGCUUGUCGUUCUCGCUGCGGCCGAUGAUGUCGGCCGGCGGUGGCCCUCCGGAAGCCUUGGAGUCGGCCGGCCGCACCCUGGACCGCCUGCUGCAGGCCGACUCGCAGUUCCCCAGCCUGGCCGAGCGGCUGCGGAUCGCACAGCAGGCCUGCCCUACCGUGAGCGGUCAGCAGGAGGCGGACUAUCCCAGCCUGGGCGGCCUCCGCCUCAAGCAGCUGGCCGUCCAGAAGAAGGUGCCGCUGCCGGCCGAGCUGGUGGAGCACUUCAACCACCUGCAGUGCAACUGCAUGAUGGGCCUGUUCCCCGAGCUGAACCGCGCCUGGCUCACUAUCGAUAACGACAUAUACGUGUGGCUGUUCGAGUCGGGCGGCGACCUCACCUACUACGACGGCAUGAGCGAGACCAUCCUCAGCGUGGCGAUGGUGCGACCGAGGCCUGGCGUCUUUCAGUCUCACAUCCAGCACCUGCUCUGCCUGGCCACGCCGCUGGAGAUCGUGCUGCUGGGCGUGACGCUGGGCCGGCCGCGCGACCCCGCCGGCCCGGCCGAGAUGCACGUACUGCCCGAGCCGCUGUUCGCCAUCGCCAGCGACGGCGCCUACGUGACGACGAUCGUUGGCACGCCGGCCGGCCGCGUCUUCCUGGGCGCCAAAGACGGCUGCCUGUACGAGCUGGUGUACCAGGCCACCGACAGCUGGUUCUCGCGUCGCUGCCGCAAGAUCAAUCACUCGUCGAGCGCGCUGUCCGUGCUGGUGCCCACUUUCCUGGCGGCCGCCUUUUCGGAUGAGGACCCCCUGAUUCAGCUGGUCGUCGACGAGUCGCGCAAUGUGCUCUACACGCGCUCCGAGAAGAGCACGGUGCAGGUGUACGACCUGGGCGCCGACGGCCAGCAGACGGUGCGCGUGGCGGCGCUGUCGCAGUUCUCCAUCGCGCAGGCGGCGGCCGGCAUCGCCUCGUCGGUGGACGCGUCCAACUUCCGGCCCAUCAUCGACGUGUCGCCGGUGACGGCGGCCGAGUCGCGGCUCGUGCACCUGGUGGUGACCACGCAGACGGGCGUGCGGCUGUACUUCAGCACGGGCGGCGCCGGCUCGCGGCCCCGGCCGGCUGGCCUGCAUAUGGCGCGGUACGCGGCCGGCGCCGGCCUGCUGCUGGCAGCCCAGUCCGACGACCUGGACGUGCUCUGGCUGCUGAGUGGCGACGCCUUCCCGGUGUCGCCGCGACUGACGGAGCUGCAGAGCACGCUGCCGCUCGAUGGGCACACGUGGGCGCUGCAGCCGCUGCCCGAGCGACAGCUGAUGCGCCUGCUCGGCGGCUUCCACCCGCAGCAGAUGUCUACGCCGCAGCCGGGCCGCGGGCCGCCGUCGCAGCUGCCGCAGCUGUCGCUCUCGGCAGACGCCUCGCUGGCCGCGCCCGUCGAACUCUUCUCCGGCAAGCACGACGGACUGUACCUGUACGUGUCGCGACUGCUGCGACCGCUGUGGGCCAGCCGCGUAGUGCGCGAGUUCUCGCCGCGGCCCGGCCAGCUGCACCUGCUGUCGGCGGCCACCUCUGAGGAGCUGGACUGGCUGUGCGGACAGCUGCAACGACUCUCCCGCUUCAUGGAGCAGCACAAGCUCAUCUUUUCGCCGCCGUACGUGGACACGGUCAGCACGCAGCAGCUGCAGCAGCGGAUGAACUCGUUCCUGCCGCAGGAGGGCAGCGGCGGCGGCGGCGCCGCGCGGCCUCAGCUGGGCCGCGGCCAGCAAGCGCAGGCGGCCGAGCGUCAGAGUCUGAUCUGCCUCGCUGAGCUGGUCGACUACACCAGACAGGUGCUGGGCCUGCUGAAGAUCAUCACCGACCACCAGACGACGGCGGUGACCGAGGCUCUGAGCAAGGAGGACCAGUCGGCGCUGCGGCUGAUGACGCUGCGCGACCUCGCGCUGUCGGGCCGCGCCAUGUGCACGCAGCUGGUGAACGCGCUCAUCGGCCGCUACCUCAACGACAACGCCAGCACGGAGGCGGUGUCGGCGGAGCUGCGCAGGCUGGCGCCCGCCGUCUACCGCGAGGAGGACGAGCUGAGCUCGCGCGCCUCCGAGAUGCUCGUCUCGGCGCGCGACGCCUCCUCCGCGGCCGAGCGGGAGCGCCUGGUGCGCGAGGCGCUCAGGCUGGCCAAGCAGGUGGCCGGCCAGCUCAACCUGCCCGUCGUCUGCCAGCACUUCCAGUCGGUGCACGACUACGAGGGCGUGGUGGAGCUGGUGCUGGCGGCCGCCGAGAAGCGUGAUGUGCAGGACGCGGCGCUACACUACUACCGCGCGGGAGAGCCACCUGAUGACGUUCAGGGCGGGCAGGCCUUCAAAGCCAGGUUCGAGUGCUACAACGAGGUGAUGAAGAUGCUGUCGUCUCUGAAGGCGCUGGCGGAGUCUGGCCAGCGCCAGUCGCCGGUGCCGGCGCGGCCGGGCCCGCCGCCGCUGGCCGCGCCGGCCGACCAGCCGCAGGAGGCGCGGCGCCGGGCCGAGCUCGUGAUCGAGGCGGUGCUCGCCUCGUCCGACGAGCUGCUGCACGUGGCCCUGUACAACUGGAUGAUGACCAGUGGCAUGUCCGACCGGCUGCUGCAGGUGAAGUCGCGCUACAUCGAGCCCUUCCUGACGCGCGUCUCGGGCGCCCCUACCAGUGUGGACACCCUGGACCUGCUCUGGAAAUACUACGAGAUGAACAGCCAGCACCUGGCCACCGCCAAGGUCCUGGCCAAGCUAGCCGAGCGUGACGGGUCGGACGUGAGCCUGGAGCAGCGGAUCGAGUACCUGGCCCGGGCGAUUCUGUGUGUCAAGUCCAGUCAGAUGCAGGUCUCGGCGGCCGCCAGCCAGGGCGAGUUUCUGCACGAGCUCGAAGAGAAGAUGGAGGUGGCGCGCGUGCAGCGCAUGGUGCUGGAGGCGGUGCGCGGCCGCGCGGCCGAGUCGAAGGCGCUGAACGCCGGCCUGCUGGACGUGACGGCGCUGUACGAGAUGUGCAGCCAGCUGGGCCUGCACCGCGGCCAGCUGGCGGUGGUGGUGUGCGCCGGCCACCGCGACCCGGCGCUGGUGCGCGCCCUCUGGACCGGCCUGCUACGCGCCGAGCUGAAGGCGGCCGGCGCUGCCGAGGCCGAGGCGGCCGCGCCCGCCGUCGUCGAGCUGGCGCGCACCUACAGCGGCCAGCCGGCCUACUUCCCGCUGGAGACGAUCGUGCACGAGCUGGAGGUGCACUCGUGCCGCUACUGGAGGGACCCCUCGCCCGGCUGGGCAGCCGCCGCGCUGGCCCAGGCCGGCGUGCCGCUGCCGCAGCUGCUUGCCGUCUAUCAGUCGCUGUACCGGCAGAAGGACGACGCGUGGAGGGAGAGUCCCCUGCACCUGCUGCACGCCAUCUGCCGGAUCGUGGCCGGUUUCAGCCGCUGGCCGAGCGGCGUGCCCGCGCGCGAGAGACGCGCCUUCGCCACCACCUGCCUGGACCUGAUGGCCGCCUACGUCAACGACCUGAACGCCAGCCCGGCGCUGGACGCCCGCGAGCUGGCCGACCAGCUGAAGACCCACCAGGCUGAGCUGGAGCGCCUGCUGCGCUCGUAG